UUGAACUUUAAGGGACCAGCACUCACUACAACAACACGUCCAACAACCACCGAAGCCACGUUCCCCACUUUCAAACUGUCCGACACUCAUGAAACCCUUGUUACUGUACAACCUGUACAGUCACAACCUGAGAACAAAACUAAAUCAUCAGCUCCGCCUGUAGUAUCUGCGUCGACACCAGAAACACAUGAGGAUGUGUUUGAAAUCCCAGUGGAACUUGAAACUGUCCCAAGUAUCAGUAAUGAAUCCACCCAAGGAGAAGUGAUGGAGAAGACAACGCAAACGGAAGAAACCGAACUUAUGACCACCGAAGAAGUUAUGACUGAAAAACAAACCAUAAAGCCAUCUACUACAGCAGCACAGAUCUUCGUUUUCACCACUACGAAAGCGGUAAGUUGA